GGACAGCCGCUGUAGCUGCUACACAAAUACCAAAAUAGGACCGAGCUGCCUGCUGCCCGAGCUAAAUUGAGGUUCAUGUGUUUUGAAGAGGAGCGCAGUGAGAGGACAGAGGACGCGGCGGAGCGGUGGCGUGGACGAGCACGGCUGUUCAUGGAAGCAGAUGAUAGAUAUAAUGUCCCACGCAAAGGCCGACUCCUACACCUAUGACUUCAGGGAUGGGGGCCACGAAGCAGAGCUCCUGGCAGCUCUCCGGCAUUUCUACGCCGGCGGUCUGUUUACGGACGUCACCCUGCAGUGCGGCGACUCCGGACAGGUGUUCCACUGCCACAAAGCCCUGCUGGCGGCCCGCAGCUCCUACUUCCAAGUCAUGUUCACGGCUGACAUGAGGGAGAGGUCCAACCGCGUCAUCAAGCUGACCGGGGUGGACGGCGAGGUCCUGGGGGCUCUUGUGGACUACGUGUACAGCGCCCAGGUGCGCAUCACCCAGAGCAACGUGCAGAGCCUGCUGGAGGCCGCAGACCUCCUGCAGUUCGUCGCCGUCAAACAGGCGUGCGAGGACUUCCUCAUACGCCUGCUGGACGUGGACAACUGUCUGGGCAUGCACAGUUUUGCGGAGCUGCACCUGUGCCUCCGGCUGGAGAGGGAGGCCCGCAGGGUGAUGCUCAGCAGGUUCUCCGAGCUCAUCGAGCAGGAGGAGUUCCUCGAAGUGGACCACGAGAAGGUGAGGUCAGUGCUGGAUGCUCAGAGCCGCACGGUGCAGAGAGACGAAGUGCUGAUAGACGCCGUGGUCAGGUGGGUGACCCACGACCCCGACCGCCGCCUUCACGGCGUGUCGGACCUGCUGCGCUCCGUCCACUUGGACCUGGACGAGGGCUACUUCAGAACCACGCUGGAGGUGCACACGCAGUACUUGAACGGGAAUAACGGUGGGAAAUUAAAGUCUCUGAUUGUUCAGGCUUUAAGGUCCUGCGGCAAAGCCAUAUCUGGAAGCAGAGAAGUUUCCUCCAGCAUGUACGUCAUCGGAGGAUACUACUGGCAUCCCCUCUGUGAGGUUCAAAUCUGGGAUCCCAUCAGUGACACGUGGGUACAGGGAAAGGACAUGCCUAACCACGGAAGAGAAAGCUACAGCGUCAGCCUACUGGGAGCAAACAUUUACGUGACCGGUGGUUACAAGACUAACACUGUUAAGGCCUUGGACACAGUUUCAGUUUAUAACUGUGACUACGACGAAUGGACCGAGGUUUGCCCCAUGAUUACGGCCAGGUACUACCACUGCUCUGUUGCUCUCCAUGGAUGCAUUUAUGCUAUUGGAGGAUACAGACAAGGAGCUCCAGAGCAAGAGAUGGAAUUUUAUGAUCCUUUGAAAAACAGAUGGUUCUCUGUUGCCAAAAUGAUCCAAGGUGUUGGAAAUGCAACUGCCUGUGUGAUGGGUGAUAAAAUCUAUGUGACUGGAGGACACUAUGGGUACAGAGGGAGCUGCACUUAUGAAAAAAUCCAGGUGUACAGACCAGAUAUCAAUGAAUGGAGUAUCAUCACAAAAAGUCCCCAUCCUGAAUACGGACUUUGUUCUGUGGCUCUCAAUAACAAGCUAUAUUUGGUGGGAGGACAGACGACGGUCGCAGACUGCUACGACCCAGAGAGAGACGAAUGGAGGCCCAUAUCAGUGAUGAAGGAAAGGAGGAUGGAGUGUGGGGCUGUGGUAAUAAAUGGAUGUAUUUAUGUCACAGGGGGAUAUUCUGACUCCAAAGGGACCUAUCUGCAAAGUAUAGAGAAAUAUGACCCUGAGCUGGACUCUUGGGAGAUAGUUGGGACUCUUCCCAGUCCAGCCAGAUCACAUGGAUGUGUUUGUGUUCACAGUGUUAAGUGAUUUGCCAUUAACGUGAGCCUUUUGUCUGUUAUCGUUUUGUACCAGCAAAUUCACAGUAUUUACUAUAGUACCAAUGUAAAGCUGCACUGAUUGCAUUCUUUAGUGAGCCAUUUGCCAAACUGAUGAGCAUGUAUUCUGCUUAAAUCUCAGGGGACCUUUUAAAGAUCAGUUGUAGACUUUUUGAUGUGGAUUGCAAGAGAAGGUUGAUUUGAGAGAGUGAAUGAUGGUAAAUACGUGUUCAUAAAAUGCUAAAUAAAUCACUACAC